GUUCGGCGCUGAAACGAGACGGUUACGUCAGCCAAUCAGGGUUCAGCCCGGACCCCAGGGACACUCCAAAACAUGCCAUCCGAUUGGGCUUGGAGCGGGUGGGCGAAGGGCCUAAAUGGAACCCCAUCAGCCCAUUGGCCAACUACGCCACCAGUCAUAUGGCAGCUCUGGCCUCCCAGCACGGACACGCACACUCCGCACAGCAGGCACGCACACACACUCAGCCCUCACACCAUAACCAACAGGAACUCAACAGACCCCCUUCCAACCCCCACACACCCCAACACAGACACACACACACUCAACCCUCACACCAUAACCAACAGGAACUCAACAGACCCCCUUCCAACCCCCACACACCCCAACACAGACACACACAUUCCCCCCACCCUCCGCCCCAACCCCAGAGGGGAGAGGAGGGACAGGGGCGCUACUUGGACACCUCAGCCCUGUACCGCCCAGUGGGGGGAAGGAGAGGCAGCGGGGGAGGAGGGUCUGAGGGGGGAGCAGACGGAGGAGAGGUGUCGGCCAUGCAGAGUCUGAUCAAAUACAGCGUGGGGUCCUCCUCCAGGCAGAACACGGACAACCAAGCCUCGUUCGGAGGGCUGGCGUUCACGAGGCUGGAGGGAGGAGGAGGAGGAGGAGCGGGGGGGAGGCUGAUGAAGAGAGAGCAGGAGCGUCCCGACAGCUCUCGGUCGUUGGGACGCGGCGAAGGGGCGGGGCCAGGCGAGGGUGGGGGAGAGGUCCGUCACCCUCCUGUUGGGAUAGCUGUGGCAGUGGCCAGACAGAGCAAUACAGACUCCCAGAGACCUCUACUACUGCACGCAGGGGUUAAAGACGAGGAGCGGGGGGACGAGCGAGCCCGUCACCGUGGUGACAGACUGGGGUGCCUGGAGCGUGAGCAGGAGAAGUUGCUCAGAGAGAGUAAGGAGCUGGCAGAGUUCACCCAGAUGCACCCCCCCUUGGUGUCCAGCGCCCUGACCUCUAACCUCAUGACCUCCAACCUCAUGGUGACUGGAGGCUCCGCCCGCUGGCCCCACGACCCCUCCCCCCUGACCUCUCACCCCUGGAUGCCCCGCCAAGGAGCACCGCCCAUCUGGCUGUCGGGAUCCCCCUACGGUUUAGGCCCCUCUCCGCUGCACCAGGCCCUCCCUCCCUACCAGCUGGCCAGAGACCCCCAGUCAGGACAGCUGAUGGUUAUAGCCACAGAACACAUCCCACGCUACGGAGGAGAUGUGUUGGAUGGGGGUGGCGCCCCCCAGUGGCCAGGGGUGUAUGGAGCAGGCAGUUCUCUGCAACAUGCCGCUCAGCUGCAGAUGUUGUCACAGCAACAGAUGCUGAGGCAACAUGAGCUGGUGAUGAUUCAACAACAUGCUGCUCAGGUCCUGGAGCUGCAGAGGAACGCUCAACUGAUGGAGCGUCUGAAGGCCAGUGAACAGAGGGCAGAGCUAGAAGAGAAGACCAAUAAGAGGAGUUCCGAGCCCAAACCCCGCCCCUCGCCACGCCCCACUGCCUCCCCCUCCCUCCACUGUCAUAAAACUCCUCUCCGUUCACCUCCCCCCUCCACCUCCUCCCUCACCCCCCUGUCCUCCCCCAGGUCCACUCUCCAACACCCGGAGGUCCAGAGAGAGAGGUCUCACCCUUCCUCUCCCCUUCCUCGCUGUUCCGCCCCACACUCUGCCUCCCCCCUGAGACCCUCCUCCCCCCUGAGACCCAAGCAGGACACUGACGAGGGAGAGGAGGAGGGGGGAGAGAGGGGGGAGAAACAGACCACCGCCCCCUAUCACCGAAUCUACACAGAUAUCACCCCUGGUUACCGUUACCAGGCCCUAUUCCCCCCCCGCCCCCUCCCCCAUCCAGCAGGGGGUAACAAACACCCCUCGGUCUCCUCCCUGCCGCCACUCCUCCGGGCCACAGCUCCAGACGCGAAGCCUCGGGGCCUGGACCUCCGGCCAGACCAGGGGACCACGCUGAAGCAUGACCCCGACCAGGAGCCACCCCAGCUGGGCAUGAGUCCUGCUGCCCUGGACCCUCGGCUCCGGACCUCCAGCCCUCCGACCCUCAGCCAAAUAGAGAGAGACGGAGAGUCAAGCCUCAAACACACACAUCUCACCCACACACACACACAAUUACACACACAUCCCAGCCUUACACACCCACACAAACACACCAGCCUCCCAUCAGCCCCCAGCCCUGUACUCCUCUACCAUCCACACAGCCACAUGAACACACCAGCCUCCCCUCAGCCCCCAGCCCUGUCCUCCCCCACACAGCCACGAGAACACACCACCACAUGA